AUGUCAACGCUUCCAAAGCAAUACUUACAGAAGAGCCGCAGACCCUGGUUUUCGUGCUAUCAAGAUCAAUCAUGGGGCCAAAACUACGACCGAAACUCCCCUUUCACUGUCGAAGGCUUGGUAGUCGUCAUAACAGGCGUUGGUAGCGGCCUUGGGUCCCAAGUAGCUCUCGCUCUUGAUACAAAUGGUGCGAAAGCGGUCUACAUCUUCGGUCGCCGUCAGGAAGCAUUGGACCGCACGAUCGCUGCCUCGAAAAAUAACAGCAUCGAAGGCAUCAUCUGCGACGUCACUUUCAAAGACUCUCUCGGCGCUGCAGCCUCUCGAGAGCGUUCCGAACAAGGAUAUAUCAAUGUUCUCUACACCAACUCUGGCGUAAUGGGACCUAGCACCUCUAUUUCCAGCUCAGAUAAAGACUUCAAGUACAAGCCUUUUAGGAUGUGUCUGGGUUGGUGCAAGUCACGACGGUUGCAUGCCGGAAAUUGA